AUGGCCAAGACGUGCACUGGCACCUUUGACGGGAACAACCACGGCUUACCGUGCGACUACGUGUUCUGCCCCGAAGAGGAGGUGCUGUACUGCAACUUCUGCCUGCAGGACGAGCCACCCAAGCCCAAGCCCCAGGUAGACGAGUUGGCCACCACGCCACCCAAGACCAAGUCUGACUCGAGCGCGUCGGCGUCGGCGUCGGCGUCGACGUCGACGUAG